AUUAUAUUAGUUGAUGUUAGUUAUCUGCAGGAGUGUAAUUUAGGGAAUAAAAAUGAACAGAUUUCUAUUGAAUACUUAUAAUAAGUUGAUCAAGAUGGCAACGUUUUCUGAAUCAACUGUGGCUAAAGGCUCUGAUUCAGUUAUAGACUUUUGUUGUUCGCCAUGUCAGGAGCACAAUAUUGACCAGUGGGCCGAGUUUUACUGCAGUAACUGUCUCAAGUUUUAUUGUGGAAAAUGUAUUGAUCUUCAUGGUCACUUGUUUGGGAAACAUGUGAUGUACGGAAGGGGAGAAACAAGUAAAUGGCCUGUGCCCAAGGAAGUGGUGGAUUUCCUUCAGAAAUGUGACCUUCAUGUAGACAAACAUCUAGACAUGUUUUGUGAUGACCACAGUCAGCUGUGCUGCACUAAUUGUGCUGUCCUCAAUCACAGACAAUGUGCAAAAGUAACACUGAUAUCUGAGUUGGUCAAAGGACCCCCACCAGAUUUGCAGCAACUAUCAACAGAGAUUCAAAGUCUUCUUGUAGAACUCAAGAAACUUGAGAAUAACUGGAACACCAACAUAGCGUCUUUGCAGGCUUCAUACCAAAAACAAUUAUAUGAAAUUCGUGAAACACGCCAGAAAAUUGAUACAAUUUUAGAUGAGAUUGAAAAGAUCACCAUAAAUGAGCUAGACGAUCAGAUGACCAGUCUAAAAGCUUCUCUUAAGACUGAUGUUGACAAUUGCAGCAAGCUUAAAAAUGAACUGCAAAAACUCAGUGACGCCAUACAGGACAUUGUUGAUAAGGGCAAAGCAGAAUUGUUAUUUAUUGCAAAUGAGAAAUGUCUCAAAAUAAUUAAGCAGUCUGAAACUUAUCAAAAGGAGAACCCUGUUCCAUUAGUAAGUUCUUUGACAUUCCAUGCUGAUGGUGAUUUUCAACAAUACUUGUCUAAACUGUCAGGUCUGGGGAAGAUAGUUCUCAGUACCAGAUUAAUAUCCAUGGUAGGUAAUCCAAACCAGGUAUUCAAUGUGGAAGGGAUUUCAGAGUAUGAUGUGAGGAUACCAAGUGAUUCAAGCAGGAACUCUACUAUCUCUGCCAUCUGUGUUCUCUCUGAUGAUCAAAUCCUUGUUGCAGAUGUUGAUAAUAGACGAGUUAAGUUACUCAAUCAUCAAUACAAGGUGGUUGGACAUUGUGAUUUAAAUGCGUAUCCGAGUGACAUGUGUCUAAUCACACCAAGUGAAGUAGCUGUUUCUAUGAAUGAGCAAAAGCCAGAUGAAGUCCAGUUUGUUUUGGUGAAUGAUGGGAGGCUGGUUAAGGGCAAGAAGUUACAGUUUCAACAUAAAUGUUAUGGUAUUGCUCAUAAUCUGCAAGACCUGUAUCUCACUUCUGGUACUGCACUUUACAAGUAUUCAACAAGUGGAGACUUGUUGAAAAAGCUUUAUGAGGAUAAGCAAAAUGUUUUCGGAGUAUUUAAGUGUGCAGUGAGUCCUUCAGGUGACAAGAUAUUUGUCACCAACCUAGAUCAGGACAAGGUCCUCACCCUGGCGAGAGAUGGCUCAGUUCUCCACACUUUCACAGACCAAGACCUAAUAGGCCUACAUGGUAUACAUGUGACACCUCGGGGAAAGUUGCUGGUUUGUGGAGGUGUGUCCCACAAUAUCUUACAUCUUGAUGGUGACGGCAAACAGAACGUUGGAACACUUGCUAACAAUAGAGAUGGUCUUAUUUGCCCUGUGUCAGUCUUCUACAAUAAGAGCACAGCCUCCAUCAUUGUGGGACUAUGGAAUGGAAAAACAAUUCAUGUUAUUAAAGGUGAGGCCUAUCCUGAGCUCUCAUUGCAUGAAAACAAGAUCCGAGAUGUAUUGUGUGAAGCUGAAGAGAGGUACUUGGAACUUUAUGAAGAUGGGAAGUAUAACUUCACGAAAUUACUGAGAAAGAUGCCAGAUAUAAAGACAUUGGAUGAGGAGCAGAUACUGCGACUGCGAGACGGCUGGUAUGGGAGGCCAAUGUCCACCCAUCUGAUAGAGCUGAUUGCCGGCCAGUACGGGCUCUCAGUGGACCGGGACAUCAUCCAUUCCCUCAACACCCAGCCCGCUUCUGACAUAGAGGAUGAAGAGUUUCCAUGCUUCACUGCUGAGCUUCUCAACGACCUGUCAAUCACCAAAGUCCCGCCCACCGAUGAUAGCCUCAAAUAUGUGUACAUAGACAAAAAGUGCCCAGACAUAGAGAGCAGUAUAUCAUGCCUUGUGGACGAGAACAACACCCUAGUGGACACUGUCAAGUCUGGGGUGCAUGUUGGGGUCAUUACGAGGCUCACCAACUUCUAUGCAGAGAAAGGGGGCCAGGCCGCAGAUGUUGGUGUGAUUAGAUCUAAGACAGGCCGAGUGCGAGUGACAGAUGUACAGAGCAUCCAUGAUCUGGUGCUACACACAGGGGUGGUUGAGGAGGGUACCAUGGAAACGGGCCAAAUGGUUACUAUGGAAAUCGAUCAGACCCACCGCCAAGGCUGCAUGUACAACCACACAGCCACUCACCUGCUCAACGCGGCUCUACGACACAUUCUGGGGCCGGACGUGAGUCAACGUGGAUCAUCAGUCCUGCCUGAUAAACUCAGCUUCGAGUUCUCCUGUGUGUCUAAAAUAACAGCAGCUGAAGUGAAAGUCAUUGACACUCUACUCUCAGGCUGGGUAAGAGGCUCCCACUGUCUGUCAGUGGAGAGAAAGUUAGCUCCCCUGGCAGAAGCUCUUCAGAUGGAGGGCAUUAUCUACCUUGACAAUGUUGUGUACCCGGAGGUAGUGUCUGUGGUCAGUGUAGUGGAUGAUAUCAGCAAGGAAUGCAUCUCCAGAGAGCUGUGUGGCGGCACGCAUGCGCAUACCCUAGCUGAGCUUGGUGAAAUCUGCAUAACAAGUGUGACAGGCCAGGCAACUGGGGUGAAGUCUGUAGUGUGCCUGACUGGACUUCCAGCUGUACAGGCCAGAAAGCAGGCAGCUGUUGCCACGGAGAUGUGCAAUGGCCUUGAGAUGGCGCUAAAAGUUCAACAAGGUCAACCUAUUGACCUUGAACACUGUUUGCAGCUGCACAAAGAGGUUAACCAUAUCCUAGGAACAGAAGUGUUACCAAAGACAGACAAAGACGCACUAAAGGAGAGAAUGGACAAGGCUGGCACCAUCCUGAAUACUCACGUCAACAAUGAAGCAUUUGCCAACUUGGAAGAGGAGCUAGACAGACGGAUGGCAAAUGGUGAGGAGUCUUUCAUUGUGGCACAGUUUGAAGUGAAAGUCCUUCCUAAGGUCAACAAGUUGAUGAAAAGACUGGACAUACGGAAGCCCCUGAUAUUGUUGGUGAAAGCAACCAACAACACAAAUGCCUACAUAGCUAUGCCAAAGUCCUCACCUCUUCCACUGAAUGACUUUGUGGGAGAGUUUUGUACUGACGUGCAGGGGAAGGUAACUCAGCAGGAGACCAACUACACAGUGGUGUCCGCCAGGGGAGAUCAAUCUGAGAGGUUCCUUAAGGCUGCCAACGUUCUGCAGUUGCGAUAUGGGAGAAAAGAAUUUGUGAUUUGAUGGAACGUACCCUUCAUUUGUGAUUUGAUGAAACGUACCCUCCAUUUGCGAUUUGAUAAAACGUACACUUCAUUUGUGACAGCAUGUGUUACUUAAAGUUGCCAAUCAUAAUGAAUUCACAAUAUUGAUGCUGAGAACAACACAGAAUAAAUAUGGGCCAUGCUCUGUGAAAAAGGGGUUUAAGGCAUGUGCGUAAAGUGUCACCAUAUUAGCCGGUGCAGUUUGCAUAGGCUAAUCAGGGACAACACUUUCCGUCUAAACUGGAUUUUUGGGAUGAAGAGAUUUUCUUUACAAUAAAAAUAUAAUGAAAGAAGAAGUGUUGUCCCUGAUUAGCCUGCGCGGACUGUACAGGCUAAUCUGGGACGACACUUUACGCACAUCAAUUAAACCCCCUUUUCACUGAGCAUUUGAUGAAUCUCCUUCUUCAUUUGUGGAAGCAUGUGCUUUUAAAAAAUGUUCACGAUAACGCAGUCCCAAUAUGGGAGUGUACAGACCAGGGAUAAUAACUGUAGAAGAAUCAAGAACACUAGAAUUGACAACCGCCCACUUUGCAUUUGAGGAGGCUUGACUUUUAAACCUUAACCACUUAGAUAUGUAUUAAAAGGUUGUCAUCGAUUUGCAGUCAUGAUACGGGAGUUGAGACUUUGAAUUUGUGUUACAUUUGAAGAAACACGGCGGUUGUGUGAUUUGAUAAUACCCACAUUAGAUUUUGAGGGUUGAUCAUUGAACUGUUAUAUCUUAUUCUGAUAUAAAAAUAUUAAGCAGAUAUAGGCAGAUAUGAUCAGUAUAAUUUUCAAAAAAGUCCUCUAUUUGUCGGAGGGUGGGCUAGCCAUAGGUUUUUGCAGAUUCUAACAAUCAUGAACCAUGUAAUUUUACAGUUUUUCUAUUGGCCAUGAACAAUCAAUGAACACUGCAUAACUUUUUUCCUGAUUCUGUGUGGAUCCUUGCAAAAUGUAUUUCUCAGGACUGUUGCAAAAAAUUGUUUUAGUUGUAGUAUGAAUUGAAGUGAUUUUACCAUUAUUGUUUUUUUUUUAAAGCCAGUUAACUACUAUUUUCCUAUCAGAGAAAUAUAUGCAUUUUGUUUAAUUAGUAUACGGUACAGUUAUUGUUUCAUAAAUUAAUUAUCUCGAAGAAUAUACUGAUAAAG